GGUGAGUAAAUGAUGACAACAUUUUCAUUUUUUGGGUGAACUAUUGCUUUAAUAAUAAUAAUAAUAGCUGAAAUUAAAAAAAAAAUCACAUACAGGGUCCAAUUAUAGUUUGCACUUUUGCAAUAUCCCUUAUGAAUCGAGAUAUUUGUUCUUCAAUCAAAUCGAUCUAUUCCAUGAACUCUGUAAUCGAGCAACAUAAACAUCCUGUUUAAGCCACCUUUCUUCCCUUUUCGUCGAAGACACACUUUAAUGUGAAGCCCGCUCUAAGGAAUGCACUAGCAUUCCUGCCUCCUCGCAGACAUCACAUCCGGGUCACUCGGCAGUCAGCGUGUAAGCGAGCGUGCUCCUCCAUACAGUUGCGUACUGCUGCUGCAGCUCUCAGCGCAACUCCACUGCAUGCAACAUGGAUACUAUGAGCAGCGGCCAGCCGCGGAGGAUCUGAGCGCGCCUCGGGACAGGCGCGGACACGCGAUACGCCACACUGGGGCAGGGAUGAGGUGCCAUCCAGCAGACGCACACUGGUAGGCAAGUCGUCAAUUGUCAGCGAUGUCAAAGAGUCUGAAGAAGAAGAACCACUGGACGAACAAAGUCCACGAAGCGGUGCUCACCAGGAAUAAGGAGGGCGAGCUGGGGUUUGACUUGAAAGGGGGCGCCGAGAACGGCAAUUUCCCUUAUUUUGGGGAGGUGAAGCAGGGUAAGGUGGCCGUCCAGAGCGGCAAGCUGUCCCAGGACGAGCUGCUCUUGGAGGUCAACGAUACGCCGGUGGCAGGGCUCACCAUCAGGGAUGUGCUGGCCGUGAUCAAGCACUGCAAAGACCCGUUCAGGCUGAAGUGCGUGAAGCAAGGAGGUGUUGUAGAUAAAGAUCUCCGCCAUUAUCUCAACCUACGGUUCCAGAAAGGUUCAGUGGACCACGAGCUUCAGCAAAUCAUACGUGACAACCUCUACCUCCGGACUGUGCCGUGCACGACGAGACAGCCCAAAGAGGGGGAGGUCCCAGGUGUGGACUACAACUUUGUGAGCGUUGAGCGGUUUAUGGAAUUAGAGAAAAGUGGGGCCUUGUUAGAAAGUGGAACGUACGAAGAUAACUUCUAUGGCACGCCAAAGCCUCCUGCCGAACCCACGCCGAUGCUGUUUAAUGUGACGGACCAACUCUUGCCCGGUGCCCGACCCAGUGCAGAGGGAAAAAGGAAGAGAAACAAGUCCGUCAGCAACAUGGAGAAAGACAGCAUUGAGCCACCAGAAGAAGAGGAGGAAGAAAGCCCUGUCGUCAAUGGCAACGGCAUCGCCAUCACACCAGAAUCAAGCGAACAUGAGGACAAGAGCACAGACGCUUCUGGAGACGUGCCCGUCCAGCCAUGCCCACCUGAGACUCCCACCCUUACCGCCACAGAUGCCCCUGAGGAGGAAGGAGACGCCCCCAAGUCCCCACAAGACUCCCAGGAGAAUGACGAACUGGGCCCUUUGCCAGACAACUGGGAGAUGGCCUACACUGAAAAAGGAGAAGUUUACUUCAUAGAUCACAAUACCAAAACGACGUCAUGGCUCGACCCUCGACUAGCGAAGAAAGCCAAACCCCCAGAGGAAUGUGAGGAAGAUGAACUUCCAUAUGGCUGGGAGAAAAUAGACGACCCUAUUUAUGGCAGUUACUAUGUUGACCACAUUAACAGAAGGACACAGUUUGAGAACCCCGUCCUAGAGGCCAAACGAAGGAUCCAACAGCAACAGCAAAUGCAAAGUCACGGUCUAUCGGCGCUGCCAUUGCCCACGAUAUAUAGAGAAAAGCCUCCAUUCACGAGGGACGCCACACAACUCAAAGGGACGUUCCUCACCACGGUACUCCAGAAGAGUAACAUGGGAUUUGGCUUCACCAUCAUUGGUGGGGACGAGCCGGACGAAUUCCUACAGGUCAAGAGCGUCAUACCUGAUGGACCUGCAGCCCAAGAUGGCAAGAUGGACACAGGUGAUGUGAUCGUCUACAUCAAUGACAUCUGUGUCUUGGGCACCACCCAUGCCGAUGUGGUGAAGCUCUUCCAGUCAGUCCCCAUUGGCCAGAGCGUCACUCUGGUGCUGUGUCGAGGUUACCCCCUCCCUUACGACCCAGAGGACCCCUCUGCUAGCUCCUCCAUGCCCCCUUUGGGCCUUGUGGAUCACCCCUUGCUGCUCAAUGGAAGGAACAACUAUGAAAAUUACAUGGAGUACAUGUCUUUGACUGGCCGCUUAGUACCUGAGCACGGCGAGGGCCUCACCCCACAUCCCCACCCUGGAGACACCCACCUGGACGGCUCGCAGCCUCCAUCCCUGACCACACCGGGACCCCCUCCCGAUGACAGCGUCUCCAUGGCGUCAUCUUCGGGAGCAACCGCCGGGGCUCAAGUGGUCCCUGAGCUUCUGAGUCUCACUAUAACCAAAGGCACAGAGGGUUUUGGGUUCACCAUAGCGGACAGUCCCACAGGGCAGAGAGUCAAACAGGUUCUGGAGCCGCAGGGUUGUCCGGGGUUAUGUGAAGGAGACUUGAUGGUGGAGAUUAAUCAAAAGGGUCUCCAGGGACUCAACCACACACAGGUGGUGCAGCUGCUCAAGGACUGUCCAGUGGGAACAGAGGCUACGCUUGUCAUUCAGAGAGGAGCAGCAGCAGGCCUCUUCACACCCUGGGAUCCCACAAAACAGUGGGACCCUCAAGGAAGCCCCCAGACCAGCUUGUCGGCCACUUUGCUCCCCCACGGUGCUCCACAUCCCGGCCAGACGCUCCAUCGCUCCUCUGUUCCGGACACAGAAGGCUUCCACCUGGGCAAGCCUGACCCCUACGACCUCUAUGAGAAGUCACGUGCCAUUUACGAAAGCAGACAGCCGGUCCCACCUCGGACGCUGACAGACUCUACAGGUGUGGAGUACCAAGAAGUGGAAGUGCACCUGCUGCGUGAGAAGACCGGCUUCGGCUUCAGGAUCCUGGGUGGAGACGAGGCGGUGCAGGCUGUGAGUCCGGAGGCCCGUGACAAGAUUGUGAUCGGAGCAAUCAUAGAGAACAGCCCCGCGGAGCGCGACGGCAGACUGCGUCCGGGAGAUGAGCUGGUCUCGGUUGACAGGAUGCCCGUGGCGGGGAGACCACACCGCUACGUCAUCGACCUCAUGCACGCGGCUGCACGAAACGGACAGGUCACCUUGACCGUCAGGAGGAGAGUUCUGCCGCAGCAGGGCCAGCCAUGUGAGGAAAAUGGUGCAGUGGCCAAUCAAAGCAGUUCUCCCCGGGGUCAUGCAGUGUGCCCGGUCAACUUACCUCCCACCACUGAUGUAGUUAUCCACCGCAAGGAAAGCGAAGGCUUUGGUUUUGUCAUCAUCAGCUCCCUCAACCGUCCAGAGACCACAAACACAAUAACUGUGCCACAUAAAAUCGGCCGCAUCAUCGAGGGCAGCCCGGCCGAUCGCUGUGGGAAGCUGAAAGUUGGUGAUCGUAUUAUGGCCGUCAACUGUCAGUCUAUUAUCAACAUGCCUCACGCUGACAUUGUCAAGCUGAUCAAAGACGCUGGACUCACUGUCACCUUGCACAUCAUCCCAGAGGAAGACGUAAACGGUGCUCAUUCGGCCCCUACAUCGGAGAAGCAGAGUCCCAUGGUGGCCCAGAAGCACAGCCCUCAGACUCAGUCCAGCCCAGCAGCCCAGCAGAGCCCGACCGUGGCUCAUCCCAGCCCACCAGCGCCCCACCCCAGCCCGGCCACCACGCAGCCCAGCCCUCUGCUGAUGGAGCCGGGCCCUGGAGCUCCACACAGCAGCCCACCAGUGACUCAAAGCAGUCUCCCUGUGAAUCAGCCCGGCCUGGAGGCCAUGCAGUCGGUCUCAGUGGUGACUCAGGCUGCUCCUGUUGUGGAUCCAGGCAUGCCUGGGGUUCAACCCACCUCCAUCGGAUCAGUGCCGGUACCACCACAGCUGUACCUUCAUGACACCAGGUCGGAAGUAAAAGCCAGGCAGGAUGUUAAACCUGAUAUCUGCCAAGCUGCGUACACGGACUACAGACAGCCCCCGGUGGACUACAGACAUCCACCUGUAGCAGACUACAGACAGCCGCCCACCAUGGAGUACAGACACCCACCUGCUCUGAUAGACUACAGACAACACUCCAUUGCUGAUUACAGACCACAGGACUAUGACUAUUUCACUGUGGAACUGGAGAAAAGUGUGAAGGGAUUUGGCUUUAGUAUUCGUGGAGGACGGGAAUAUAAGAUGGACCUGUUUGUGCUGAGAUUGGCUGAGGACGGACCUGCGAUCCGCAACGGCAGAAUGAGGGUUGGAGAUCAGAUUAUUGAAAUUAACGGCGAGAGUACGAGAGACAUGAGUCACGCCCGUGCCAUUGAGCUCAUCAAGGCUGGUGGUCGUCGAGUGCGUCUGCUGUUGAAGAGGGGCACGGGACAGGUACCGGAAUAUGGGAUGGUACCUACCAACCUUUCCAUGUGCAUGAAAAGCGACACUCUAGCCUCACCCUAUUUCUUCAUAAUGGGACACUCUAAAGACACGACAGUGCCGCCUCCCGGAGUGCUGUCUCUCCAGCCGUCCCUGCCUUGUCGGAAGUAGUCUCACCCCGCUAGCCUGACACUCGCCCUUCGCCGUCACCCGUCAUCUCAUCCAGCCUCAAACCCUGAACUUUCAGUGCCAUUCUGUGACAGUCUGGACCAAUCACGGCACCCCUCAUGGUCAGUUUUGUGGGGCUUCGCCCGCGGAACAAAGGGUGGCAGGUCCACCUGUAAGAGCUGUCAUUUGAACAGCCUAAAAAACAGAGAAGAUGGAUCAUAAAAGUCAAAAAUAUUAAGAACAGAUGGAGACACAUCAACCUCAAAUGGAUUGUCGCAUCCAACUUGCUUUUCAUAUAGUCGCUGAUCCAAGUUUUUCGUUUUUCUGGACGAUCCAGAUGAACGGCAGCCAAAGACGUGUGGCUCGCCCUCUCGCUGUUUAAUUCUGGAUCUAGAGCGGAAACUUCUUGCAGGGGAACGAGCUGAACUUUCAACGCCUCGUUCUUCCGUCCUGUGGACCCGAGCUCUUUAUUUGUUUAUCAUGUAGAGGUUGUUUAUUUUUUGUAUCAUUUCAAGAUGUUCAGAACGAGCCUCUAGCGAUACUGGGGGUCAAAUAUCGCAAAUAUAUGUGUAGCAUGAAAAGAGAUUCCUGAAGAAACACACAAACUUCUGAGUUGAGAACUUCAACGUUUUAGUAUUGAGUUUCGUUAUAUGUCUGAUGGGAAAAAAACGUCACCAUAGACAUUGUGAAACACUGACAGUAAAUAUAAAAGGAGGCCACCAUGAUGGAGAUACAAGGUAAAGUAUCUUGCCGACCCAUUCGUGCUGAGUUAUAGGAGGUAAAUGCAUAUCAAUCGCCAAAUCUGCCGCAUGGACGUAUCCCUUUAGAACCCAAGACAAUAUGUUACAUUAUUAUGGUUGGACUGAACUGAACUGAACUGAAGAAGGACUGCAGAUGUUUCCGAAGCCUCAGUUCAUCAUUCCGGCCUCAUUGGCCCUGUACUGUGUGCCACCACUGUGGAUCUGGGGUGCCAUCUUACACCUCACAAGCUUCAUUCCCAUGUCCCUGUUGGCUCCGUAGUUCAUGAGAGCUAAUUAGCAGAGCUAAUUAAAAAAGGAGGGAGUUUUUCAGGGCAGUUUGGUCUGAGACCAGGAGACAUGUAGUCUUUCACCGUGUCUUAACCAAGUGCGACAAGACAGAUAAUUUGGCUGUUUGCUCCAAAUGUGAAAAAUAGCUCAAAAAUCAUAUCUAGUCAGAAUGUAUUUGAUGUGUAAUAAACAGCAAUAUGGAUUUUGGACCAAUAACAUGUAAUUAUGGGUGGGGCUACAUACCCAUAAAUGUGGAUUUUAGACCACUAAGAUGUAAUUAUGGGCGGGGCUACAUAUACGUAAAUAUGGAUUUUAGACCAAUGGGAUGUAAUAAUGGGUGGGGCUACAUACACGUAAAUGUGAUUUUUUUGUUGUUUUUUUACCGAUAAGGCGUAAUUAUGGCUGGCGCUACAUACACAUCAAUGUGCAUUUUAGACUGAGAUGUAAUAAUAGGUGGGGCUACACACACAUAAAUGUGGAUUUUGGACCAAUAACGUAACAAUGGGCGGGGCUACAUACACGUAAAUGUGAAUUUUUAACCAAUAAGAUGUAAUUAUGGAUGGGGCUACAUAUACAUCAAUGUGGAUUUUAGACUAAUGAGAUGUAAUAAUGGGUGGGGCUACAUAUACAUCAAUGUGGAUUUUAGACUAAUGAGAUGUAAUAAUGGGCGGGGCUACAUACACGUAAAUGUGGAUUUUGGACCAAUAAGAUGUAAUUAUGGGCAGGGCUACAUGUGUAAAUGUGGAUUUUAGACCAAUGAGAUGUAAUUAUGGGUGGGACAACACAUGUAAAUGUGGAUUUUAGACCAAUGAGAUGUAAUUUAGGGGCGGAGCUACACACUUAAAUGUGGAUUUUAGACCAAUAACGUACUUAUGGGCGGGGCUACACACACAUAAAUGUGGAUUUUAGACCAAUAACAUACUUAUGGGCGGGGCUACACACACGUAAAUGUGGAUUUUAGACCAAUAAAAUGUAAUUAUGGGCGGGGCUACACACGUAAAUGUGGAUUUUAGACCAAUAACGUACUUAUGGGUGGGGCUUCACACACGUAAAUGUGGAUUUUAGACCAAUGAGAUGUAAUUAUGGGUGGGACAACACACGUAAAUGUGUAUUUUAGACCAAUAAAAUGUAAUUAUGGGCGGGGCUACACACGUAAAUGUGGAUUUUAGACCAAUAACGUACUUAUGGGCGGGGCUACACACACGUAAAUGUGGAUUUUAGACCAAUGAGAUGUAAUUAUGGGUGGGACAACACACGUAAAUGUGGAUUUUAGACCAAUGAGAUGUAAUUUAGGGGCGGAGCUACACACGUAAAUGUGGAUUUUAGACCAAUAACGUACUUAUGGGCGGGGCUACACACACGUAAAUGUGGAUUUUGGACCAACAAGAGGUCAGCCUAGAAUUUUUUGUAGAACUUGGCAAAAUUUCCUACCGCUUGUUACAAUUGCACCUAGUUAUGGCAAAGUGAACAUGAAAUCAAAACUGACUCCAUUUACUUUCUUAAUGCAUUAAUCUUUUCUUUCUUAAUGCAUUUCUUAAUUCUUGGUGCAAGAUUUUGGUACCAUACCAGUUAUUGGCCGAUUUCGAUAUUAGAUAUUUAAUUUUGCCUGCUCAUUUCCCGUUUUACGUUUAGAUUUCUCUUGCCAUCAUCUAACGCUCACUUGAAGUUCAUCUUAAAAAAUAAAAAUAAUUAAUAAUACUGUUAAAUGUGAUCUUUAGCAAAUCUCACAAUGAAUAUUCAUUUUUCAUACAUUAUAAUUCACUUGUAGUAUGUAAAAUGAUUGAUUUUAAGUUUUCAGUGUUUUAUUUUUAACUUUAAACAAAAUGGUAUGGAAUUUUAAUAUCGGCCAUUUAUCGGUUAUCGAGCAUAACAUGAAAAUGAUUAUCGGCUAAUCUGUAUCCAGAACUUUAUAUUCCAGUCACUUUGGUUUAUCGCUUGACACUCACACCUGGUUAAGACACGGUUAAGGUUCAGCUGGGAACCGAGAUGAGGAAAAAGGAUCUUUUUAAAUGAUAUGGGCAUGAUCAGGGUCUCUCUAGCAUGAAUGGGUGGGACCCAGUUGUAUGGGGCAGAGUGCCUUACUGGCAGGACAAAGAGCAGUAUGAAAUAUGCAUUUUACAUAUAGAAAAUAGAAACAUCUUAAGAGCUGAGCUUUUGUUUUCACCUUUGAUUCAAUGGUGAUAAACUUUGCCAAUUUUUUUCUGAUGUCGUGAAAAUGUUUUGUUAGUGAAAAUGUAUAAAGAUCAAAAAUUCUGAUCUGGCACAUGUAGACAGUGGUAUGAGAAAAUAAGGAGAUAAUAUAUCAAGAUUUUGUGUUUGUUGCGGCAAACACUGUUUUAUCCAAACCUCUGUCAUUCUGACCUUUUCAUUAGAUGGAGGAGACUGUGUUAAUGCGUUUCAUGAGGUGAUAGUGAUCAACAGAAACAUUUACAGUGAUUGAAUCACACAGUGUGGAGGGAGGGUUUGAUGCCAUGCAGUGUUUCACCUUUUUUUGCAUUCAUUUAAUUGUGAAAUUGUCUUAUGCUGCUCAGCACCUGUCAUUCUGAUCACAGGCUGAUAACUGUGCCAAUUCAAUUGUUUUUGAGGUAUGUGGAAUGUAAUUCCAGAUUUUCAAGCGGUUUCUUGAACUACAGAAUAUCUUGAAACUGUGUCAAGAGAUGCAUUGAAAACAUUGCAUAUCAAUUUAAGCUUAUCACAUUCCUACUUCUCAACACUGCAAAAAAAGAGAAAAAGUCUUAAUCUGUAUUUUGUCUCAUUUUCCUGUAACAUUUUCUAAACAUCCUUAAAGCAAGUAAAAGUUCAACCAAAAAUGAAAAUUAUCCCAUAAUUUACUCACCCUCAAGCCAUCAUAGGUGUAUAUGACUAUCUUCUUUCAGACAAACACAAUCAGAGUUAUAUUAAAUAAUAUCCUGGCUCUUCCCAGCUUUGUAAUGGAAUUCAAUAGUGUCUGACUUUUUGAAGUCCAAAAAAGUGCAUCCAUCCAUCAUAAAAGUAAUCCAUACGACUCCAGGGGUUUAAUAAAUGCCUUCUGAACCAAAGCAAUGGGUUUUUGUAAGAAAAAUAUCCAUAUUUAACACUUUAUGAACUAUAAUCACUGGCUUCCUGUAGACGGAUGUACGCGCAUUCAGGAGAGAGUCGAGUUUCAGCGGAAGGGUGACCUCUGAGCUGAAAAGUUAGUUCUUCUUAUAAGAACCAAUUGCUUCAUUUCAGAAGGCAUUUAUUAACCCCCUGGAGUCAUAUGGAUUACUUUUAUGAUGGAUGGAUGCGCUUUUUGGAGCUUCAAAAACUCGGACACUAUUGAAUGCCAUUAUAAUGCUUGGAAGAGCCAAGAUAUUAUUUAAUAUAACUCCAGUUGUGUUCGUCUACAUUUAUUUUGGCAAAAAUAAAUGUAGGUGCUUUGUCAUUUACCAAAACGUAUAAUUAAAAACUUUUUUUAUUUUUAACAAAUAUUUUAUUACUUAAAUAUUAAAAUUUAGGUUUAUUUUAUACAGAAGUAAUUAUAAUUAUUAUUUUAAAUAAAUUUAAUGUAUUCCUAAUUCAUAUGUACACCAUUUAAAGAGUACUUAAUCCAAUUUAAUGGAAAUGUCAUACUUUUGAAAUGCGCACAUUUAAAACAGUGCAUCUUGAAUUAAGGGUACGUUUACACGACAACGAUAUGCUUAAAACGGAGAAGUUUUUCCUUUGAGUUUUCUGCGUACAGACGACACCAUUGUCAAAAUGACCCACAUUCACACUGAUCCGCGAAAACGACUAAAAACGCUGUAUUCUGCUGGCAGGCCAUUAGAUGGCGAUGAAACACCAUAGACUAAACAUGUAAUACGCAUGUACACAAGGUCAUCUUUUCCACAGAUUCGCGUUUUUGUUGUUUACACAGAGACCUUUUUCAAAAACUUUAACUUUGGAACCCGUUUUCAAAAGCUUGCGUUAUCAGGCACCCAAAACGCCGUUGUCGUGUAAAUGAACAGCCAAAACGCAUACGUUUUUAGUUGAAAACGGUGUGGUGUAAACGGCCCCGAAGCACAAUCCUCACUAAAUUUGGUUGCAUUUAUGCUUAAAAUAAGAAAAAAAAAACCUUGCUAAUAUUGUAAGAAAAAAAAUAUUUCAAGAUGUACAAUAUCAACUAAAUUCAUCUUAUUUUAAGGAUGUUUAGAUGUUUUUGAUGGAAAACAAGAAGAAAAUAAUGAUUCAUAAUAAGUUUUUCUUACCUUUUUUUUUUUUGCAGUGGAAACAAGAUAGUGUAUAUUAGUAAUGUGUGCCACAAUAAAAAUGCUCCCUGUUCAUAUCUCCCUGAUGGUUUUGUAGCUAGCACAUAAUAUUUGUAGUCUCCAUUGAUUUCAUCAUUGGGUGCAGUGUGCUAGAAAAAACUGCUGUUUACAUGGAGAGACAGACAGCGAGAAAUGGUGAAGGAAAAUGUGGAUGCAUUUAUUGCACAGCUCAUAGCUUUUACUGUUUGAAGCUGUAUCCUGCCUGCUGUGAAAAUAAGACAAAGAAAAAAAAAAAACAUUUUAUAUUACUGAGGAAAAUAUUGAAUCUGUGAAAGAUGGCACGUACCAGGGCCCAUUCAGAUCAAUAUUACUGUCUAGUGUUAGAUGUGUAUUUACCUUGUACAGCUGUACUCCUAUAAAUAUGGUUUAAUGUAUUAUUGAUAGUUUCAAAGACUAAGUGAUCAAAUAUUUUUAUGAAAUGCAACAGUACGGAUAUAAUAAAUUUUGCUAAAAUCUUGUUUACCUGUAUGAUAUUCUGAUAUACUGUUAAAUAAACUCUGACAAGGUCUGAA